UGCUUGCCAACACCAGAAUAAUCCCAUUUUCGUUGAGAAAUUUGCAUUGGAAAAAACGGAUUUAUGACAAAGAAUCAGUCCCCUUAAUGUCAACAGAUAGUGUUAUAAUCUCCGUGUUGGAUGUUUGUCAUAACAUGGUCCGUGAAUCAAGACGCAAGAAAAUGUUUCUACUUGUGUUUAUCAAGAAAGAAGUGAUUGUGCCCCAUGCUGAAUAUCUGGCAAUGCUCAAGGCGAAGCAAGCGGAAGAAAUUCUUCACCAGCUUGAAGAUAUGGUUCGGUUGCAGGCUCAGGGCUGGAGCUUCCAGCAAGCAGAUUGGGAAAACAUGGGUAAUGUUAUAAGACAAGCGGGACUUGGUGAUUCGAUAAGGAACGCUUUGGAUUUAGCCAGGGAACGUGCUAUAAGGGAGUCGAGUGAACAACAAGUGGUUAGGUUGGUGCCUGCAGCUGCAACAUCGAUUCAAGUCUUGGAAAAGGUCACCUGUGGUUCAGAAGAGAAGUGUUCAGUGUGUUUGGAAGAGAUGUUAACUGGUUCUCAAGUGACUCAGAUGCCUUGCUCCCACGUGUUCCAUGGAGACUGCAUUGUUCAGUGGUUGAAGACAAGUCAUAUGUGUCCGGUGUGCCGGUUCAAGUUGCCAACAACAUAGUUUGUUCUUUUCUCUUCUGCAUGUUCAAAAUUUGUUUCAAUAUUGACAUUAGAAGGGGCAGUGCCUUCAAAAGAAGCUGUUAGAAGAAGAGGAAGAGCAA